AUGUCGACCACGCCCGCCCUGGACCCCGACCAGAAGCCUCGCGCCAGCUCCGUCUUCUCCGUCAGCACCCAGGGCGGCGACGAGAAGAGCCGCAAGGCCCGCAAGGGCUCGCGCGCAAAGCACAGCUGGGAGUACAUCGUCGUCGACCCAGCCGAGGACGAGGCCCCGCCGCCGACCGCGACCAGGCUGGAGAAGGAGCUGUACAGCUCCUUCACCAACAAUUUCCUGGCCGGCCAGGGCCGUCGCACAAGACAGGCCGCCAUGAAUGCGAGCCAGCACUUUCACGACCACUCCGGCAGCGAGCUCUCUCUCUCCGACCACUCUCACCCGGCCUCUGAAAGCGCCUUCUCCACCACCACCUCCAACACCCAGGCCUCGCCUGCCAGCUCACCCGCCCCGCCCUCAGCCCUGAAUGCCUCCCGCAAGCGAAAGGAUUCCGCCGCUCCCACGUCAGAUUCGGCGAGAAAAAGGCCCAAACUCGCAACUCCUGCUCCUCCCGUUACUUCCGACCCAGCCUCCAACGGCGCGACUGCGGCCCAAACCCAAACCGCCAUAGAGCCCGCUGCUGCUCCAGCCCCGGCACCACCAUCAUCGCCCUCGUCUCACCCGGCACCAGCCGUCCAGUCCGCGCACCCCGUCCAUCAGGACGACACUUCUGCCUCGACGACAUCACGUGCCCCGGACCCCCCGGCCAAGGAUUCGGCCAAGCCCAAGUCCACCGUCUUCGACGACGCGACCAACAAGACCAAGGUCAGCAAGAAGACCGACUCCAAGCCCUCGCCCGCACCGGAUCCAUCCGAGAACCGCAAGCGCAAGUCGCCGCCGCCGCCGCCGCCGCCCGAGAAGAUGGCACCCAAGGUGAAGAAGGCGAAGACGGGCACUGCCACGCCCGACCAAGCGGCGAAGUCGGCAAAAGCCGCCGCGGCACAGAAGCGCGACUCACUGCUCCAAGCAGACGGCCACGCCCAACCGCCCGCCCCGUGGACGGGCACUGCCACCCAACACCGCCCGUCGCACGCCAACCACCAGUCCGCUCACAGCAAAGCCGCCGCCGCCGCCAAGCAGCUGCAGCUGCAGGCGCAGCGCUUUGCGUACCCGCCCACGCGCGCGCAGCUGGCGGACCAGCUGGAAGAGAUUACGCACCGCGGCAUCGCCGGCGGCCCCGCCAACUUCUCGUCGGUGCGCGAGUACCGCGCCGCGUGCGCGGCCGAGGCGGCGUGGCAGGAACGCGACCAGGAAGUCGUGGAACGGAUGCUGGACAAUCCGCGCGUCAUCGAGGUGCUGAAGAGGCUGCGGGAACUCAACGACGAGAUCGAGGCCGAGAGGAAGGGAUCCAAGGGCGCGGCCAAGGGCCAUGGCAAGGGCGGCCGCAAGAGGAAGGUGUCGGACGGCUUGAUGGAUGGGGACUAA